AAUAGAAAUAACGAAAAUGUCAACCCUGGAUGACAUGUUUACAAAUGACUCACACUUGAAAUUUGCGAUUGAUAAAAAUAAUUUUUAUUAUUGUUCUUUAAGAUGGGAUUAUUUGGUAAAUCGUCACAAAAGGACCCAAAAGAGCAGGUCAACGAAUGGUGCCGUAAAAUACGUAAAGAAGGAAAUCAAUUAGAACGACAAAUCCGUGCAAUCCGUGCCGAAGAGGAAAAGGUAAAAAGGACGCUAAAGCAGGCGGCUGCCAAAAAUGACCGAGAAACAUGCACCAUACUCGCAAAAGAGGUCGUUCGUGCACGGAAGGCCGUCAAUCGAAUUUACACCAGCAAAGCGCAUCUGAACUCCGUUCAAUUGCAAAUGAAAAACCAACUGGCUACUCUACGCGUAGCCGGUUCACUGCAAAAAUCCACCGAAGUUAUGCAGGCCAUGCAAAGUCUUGUUCGGCUGCCGGAAAUUGCUGGUGUUAUGCGUGAUAUGUCCAAAGAGAUGAUGAAAGCCGGUAUUAUUGAGGAAAUGCUGGAAGAGACGAUGGAUUCCAUUGAAGACACCGAAGAGUUGGAGGAGGAGGCGCAAGGAGAAGUUGAUAAGGUAUUAUGGGAAUUGACGGAAGGUAAAUUGGGCGAAGCGCCUUUGCCACCAACAACAGCAGCCGCUGCCAAAGAGGACGUUCGACAGCCUACACCCGAAGUGGAAGAUGAGACGGAAGACUUGACAGAAAUGCAGAGUCGUUUCGAAGCCUUACGUUCUUAGAGAGAUUUUAUUUUGUGAUUUUUGUGUUGAAAAUUUUUAUUUUUACUUUAUUCGAGUUUGCAACUAAAUUACUACUUAGCUACCUACACGUUCUGAUCGCUUAACAAAUAUUUAAUGAGAGAAAUUGCUUUGUUAAUGUAUUUCCAAUGAAGCGGUUGAUUAAACGAGCUGUUUUCUGCUAAAUGUAACAAAAAGAGAA